AUGGCCCUCAAAGGAAUCCAGCUCGGCCUGAGAGCAUGGGAGUUCGUCUUCUCACUGCUUGUCAUGGCCUUGAUCGGUAACAUCAUCGCCAUGGCGUUCGCAGGCAACCCCGCCACGAUCAACUACAGCAUGUUCACUGCCACAUUCUCUAUCAUAUCGCUGUUCUACCUCGUCCCCGCCUCGAUCAACCUUAACUGGGCCAUUCACCCCAUCAUCAUGAUCGUGCUCGAUGUUCUGAACAACAUCUUCUUCCUGACCUGUGCGAUCGCACUGGCUGCUCGGCUGGAAUGCCACUCCUGCUCCAACGACGAAUACACCCUCCACAACGAGAUCACCAACGGCGCACACAACCGUCAGAAGCGAUGCCGUGAGGCUCAGGCCUCUGUGGCCUUCCUGUGGUUCGCUUGGGCUGGAUAUAUGGCGUCGACGAUCAUCUCUAUCUUGAUGGCUCGUAGCGCUACUGUCGACUUGCGCAGCCGGACCGGUCGUGCCCCUCGUGUUGCUCGCCCUAGCAUGGCUCAGGUCUAA